AUGCUCCUGAAUCUCCCGACAGAAUUGAUUGAACUUGUUCUCCACCACUCCAGCACACCCACCUUUCUAGAGGCUGCAUUUUCUUGUCGCACUCUGUAUGAAAUUGCGUCAAACUGCCGAGAGGUUAUCCUACAUCAUCUCCGCCAUACCCCAGGCUUGAAUCCUGCUAUCCAAUCGCUCCAGUCGAAGCAGUUGUUUGGGGUGCUUGUGGGCCGUGCCCACCGGCAGCUAUAUGGCGCCCAAUUCCGUGCACAUUGCACAAAAUUCCAGGCCGAUGCAACUACAUUUGAUGCCCAGGCCUCAUCAUUUGCUCCUCAUGACCAAAUACUCGCUCUUGCUCUCAAAGGCCAAGAAGGUGUCCACAUUUUCCAAGCCGAAAAUGGCGACCUUCGACACAAGGCUCAAUUCAAGCUGUCUCUAGGUCAACCAGGCAAAGCCCAAGUACUCAGAACAGCCUUCGACGGCGAAGACGGUGUCUAUGUUCUUCACAGAUUUGACCCUGUUGUGGCCGAAGAUGAUCUAGAGCCUGAUCAUCCAUUCGUCAGGCAAGCUCUGCAGUCAAGGGCCGGUGGUGGUCACAUCUACCUUACCCGCCAUUCGUAUCAAUCCCCUCAUGAUCCAGUCAAAAUAUGUGCAUUCCCAGAUCAAACGGACUAUCGGCCUCUGGCUCUCUCUGUUGCCCACAGGGAUACUUUUGCGAUAUCCUGGCAGCAUGCCCGCGAACACGAUGACUAUGAAGUGAUUCUUUACAACGCGUUGCCCGAAUUAAGAAGCGACGAGACCUCGGGAAUAAUCGGUAUUCUAUCCUCUCUUCAUCUUACUUCCAUGCUCAUCUAA